AUGGCUUCCCCAUCACAGUAUCGAUUGUUGCACCAGACAAGCCAGUCAUCUCUCUCCCUGCCGCCUGGGAGCUACAUCUACUCUCUAUGCCAGAGUGGCAUUGAUGCGUUGGCUGCGAUCUCUUCAGAUAACUCGCUGCGACGUUUUGAUCGCGAGACAUUGAAUGUCCUCCCUGAUGGGGUGUUCGCAGAUAUUCAUCCUGGUCAAGAUGGUGGUGGGGUGACCUGUGUCUGCGAAGUUGAUCCCGCCUCUGUCGAAGGGAAGAACAUAGUUGCCACUUCGGGCAGAGAUGGGACCGUGAAGCUGUGGGAUGUGAGGGGGAAAAGAAGAGAUGCAGUUCUGACGGUCACAGUAGAUAAGUCGGCUCCCAUCACCGCACUCACCUGUAGCCUGGAACCGUGCACCAUCGUUGCUGGAACCGAGCUUGUGUCAUCUCAAUCCUCUGUGAUAUUUUGGGACAUCAGGUCUCCGGGCCAGCCCCGGCUUCAAUAUGUCGAGAGUCAUAACGACGAUAUAACUGAGUUGCAAUUCCACCCGACCCGGCGCAAUGUCCUUUUAUCUGGAAGCACUGAUGGGCUCGUUAACAUCUACGACACCACGAUUUCAGACGAAGACGAGGCUCUUCUACAGGUUUUUAACCAUGGAUCCAUUCACAGAGCUGGAUUCUUCGGGGAACACGCAAUCUACGCCCUAAGCCAUGACGAGGUUUUUUCGGUCCACCCUCUUAACAACCCCGACGAGAACGCCGUGGAGCCCGCACCUAUCCAGUUCGGUGAUCUUCGUCCUGUACUACAAAAUGAUUAUGUAGCGCAAGUCCUCGAUGGGCGUGGGGGCAUGUUUGUAGUGUCUGGGAAAACAAGUGAACAACGACUCGAUUUCACACCUUUAGUAUGCUCGCCCAAAUUUGACUUCGACCUGGCCAAUACGUGGAGACUUCCGGGUGCCCACGGCGAAGAACUCGUUCGAUCCGUAUUUUUGGAUAAUAAUUCGAAAUCAAUUUUUACAUGUGGAGAGGACGGGCAUGUACGUUCAUGGAAGCUUGACGAAGGAGAUCAACAACAAGGUGAAGAUUUCCCAUCUAAGCCGUUCACCAAGCGUACUGCCCCAGAGAAUGUCCUGCGAACGAAAGAGCAUCCAUCGAAAGAUGGGGGCCAUCGGGAGAAACGACAUAAACACCGCGGAUUCAAACCAUAUUGA